AUGUCGUCGACGGCAGGGGACGCGGACAAGGUCGCGAAUGCGCCAGUACAGAACGGAGGCGCAGACAAAGCAGCAGGCGCACCCAAGAAGGAGAAGGCAGCAAAGCCCGAGGCUGGCAAGAAGGAUGAAGCAGCAACAGAGGCGGACAACAAGAAGAUCUCUGGCGCAGAGCUGAAGAAGCAAAAGCAAGCAGAGAAGGCAGCACGACGUGAGAAGGAAAAGUCGGAGCGUAUGGCUCAGCUCGGUCAGACAGCGACACCGCAGACAGCAGCAAAGGGCGCAAAGGGAGGUGAUGCAAAGAAAGGAGGAGAGGCAGCACAAAAGGGCGGUCCCACUCAAGGUCAGGCACACCACAAGAAGGGCCAGUCCCAAGGCGGAAACCUUCCCAUGCGCGGCAAACCUGGACCCGGAGGAGUCAUCCCAAUGACUCAACAGCAACAGCCGCAGCGCAAGACAAAAGAGGUCGGUCUGUUUGGCCAUCUGUACACUUCGGCUCCCAAGCGAAACACCAUGGAAGGCGUCAGCAAGGAAGUUCAUCCUGCCGUUCUGGCAUUGGGCCUGCAGAUGAGUUCAUUCACUGUCUGCGGCAGCAAUGCACGAUGUGUUGCCAUGCUACUCGCCUUCAAGAAGGCCAUCCUCGACUAUCAAACACCACACAACACCUCUCUCGCCCGCCAUCUCACAUCGCACUACCUCUCACCUCAGAUCGAUUACCUCAAGUCACACCGCCCCAUCUCCGUCUCCAUGGGCAAUGCAAUCCGCUGGUUGAAGGAUCUGAUUAUCAAGAUUGACCCAGAUACACCUGAGGCUACAGCAAAGGAAGACAUCUGCACCGCCAUUGACACCUUUAUUCGUGAACGCAUCACCGUUGCCGACACCGCCAUUGCCGCAACUGCACAUGCAAAAAUCCGCAACAACACCACCAUCGUCACAUAUGCAAAGUCAUCCAUCGUCGAGAAGACGCUACUUCACGCAUGGGAAUCCGGCACUCGCUUCAAGGUCGUCGUCGUGGACUCGCGUCCUCUGUUCGAGGGUAGAAAUCUUGUUCGCAGAUUGGCCAACGCUGGCAUUCCCGUCACAUAUCUCAUGGCUGCCGCUGCUCCCCACGCUCUCAAGGAUGCCGAUCUGGUGCUGUUAGGUGCUCACGCUAUGAUGGCCAACGGUCGUCUGUACUCUCGUGUCGGAACUGCCUCAGUCGCCAUGCUGGCCCACUUCCGCGACAUCCCUGUCAUUGUGCUGUGUGAAAGCAUCAAGUUCACUGAUCGUGUCGCAUUAGACAGUAUUGUGCUCAACGAAGUCGCGCCUGCUGAACAAUUGGUUCCGAGCUCGAAGUCCACUCCUGCUCCUGCAGCUGCUGAGGCAAAGAAAGACGACAAGGACGAUGUUUCACAAGCCAAGCUGGAAAACUGGCGCGAUAUGCCCAAUCUGCAGCUCCUGAACAUCCUUUACGAUGUCACACCGGCCGAGUACGUCAACAUGGUUAUUACAGAAUAUGGAUCACUGCCGCCUAGCUCCGUGCCAGUCGUACAUCGCAUCAGUACCGAAAGAGAUGUUCGUCUGUAG